UCUAGCACAUUUCAGUUUUCCUACUUUAAAUCUUAAUUAACAAUUAAUUCUCUGUCAUGGGUCAUGUACAUGUUAUCAAAAUUCUUCACACAACCUUCGGAAUUUUUGGAAAUGUUUUUGGCAUAUUACUCUUCUUGGCGCCCAUGAUUACAUUCAAAAGGAUUAUUAUGAAGAGAUCAACAGAGAAGUUUUCAGGGGUACCAUAUCUAAUGAGUCUCUUCAACUGCUUGUUUUCAGCUUGGUAUGGUCUGCCUUUCGUGUCACCAAACAACACAUUGUUAUCAGUCCUGGCUUCCAUAGGUGGUGCCUUGGAGGCAAUUUAUGUGUUGAUUUUCCUCAUAUUUGCACCAAAGAAGGAGAAGUUUAAGAUAUCUGGAAUUCUCUUUUUGGUCCUUUCCAUUUUCUCAAUUGUGGCUUUAAUCUCUGUGUUAACACUUCAUGGAGAUAAAAGGAAGCUCCUUUGUGGCUUAGCUUUUGCCAUUACUUGUAUUAUGAUGUUUGGUGCUCCUCUUACUGUAAUGAGGUUGGUGAUAAAAUCUAAAAGUGUGGAGUACAUGCCCUUCUUCUUGUCACUAUCUAUUUUCAACUCAAGUACCUCAUGGGCAAUCUAUGGCUUGCUUGGGAAGGACCCUUUCAUUAUUGUACCAAAUGCAAUUGGAUCUCUAUUAGCAUGUGUGCAACUGAUUUUGUACGCAAUUUAUCGCGAUGGCAAAAAGAAAUUAGAUGUCGAAAUGGAGAGUUCAAUUGAAACAAGACUUGAGAAACCCCAAAAUGAGAUACAAAAAUAUAUGGAAACAAGCCAGGAUAGAAUAUGAACUAUAUUAUUUCGCGAUUUAAAUAUAUUCUUCCUACUUUGCCCUCAGUAGAAAAUGUGUAUGCAGUUUCUUUCAGUGAUGAGGUUCAUUGAUGCAGUUAUUUUGUAAGGUGUUUAUUGUAAUUGCAAUUAAUUGGAGGAUGAAACAUUUGAGCCAAUUAAUGAUGUAUAAAUAAUAGAAGUAUCCCUGAAUCAGUCAA